UCGAUCUAACUUCAGUGAUAUCGUACCGAUUUCUUCACGAUCAGCUGAUUAUUGUUUUUCUUUUUUCCCCCAGAACUAGAAAAAAAAAAACCUUAUAAAAGUUAUGUCAGUAGAGAAAUUUUCAUUGCGAAUUCUAGCUAGUUAAUCUUACAUAGAUACAUAGUGAAAAUAAUAGAGAAAGAAGAGGAAGUAAAGAAAAAAGGGAGAAAGAGUAUUAACGACGAUCAAAUGUGUCAAUGACAAAGAGUGCGUCUAUGCGUAUUAGUGUGCGUAUGUAUUCUAUUGCUAUCAUCACUGAAAGGGUCUUGAAGUUGAUCGAAGGUAGAAAAAGAGUAAAAAGAGAUUGACGUUUCGCGGGUGGGGUGACAUCACUGUUCCCUUGGCACUGUUGUCAGUCGCUCACAGAAUGACGCAGUAGACAGUUGCGCGAGGGUGGCAAGCGCCUCGCGGAAAGAAAAAUACGGCUCUUGUCGCGAAAGAAAAUAAUUGCUCAUGAAAGAAAAAUGUCUGCUGAUUCACCAAGACGUAGUGUGCAUAAAGGAGCUCAAGUUGUAUCACCUCAGCCAAUAGUUGAUCGUUCAAUUAUUGAUAGUGUUGCUGGAAUUAUAAAUGAUAUAGUUCCACAGAUAUUAUCCUUUCAGGCAUAUACUACUACCCCCAGCACAGAUAACAAAGAAUCUAUAAGUUGGGCUAGAUUUGAAUAUGCAGAUAUAAAUGAUCCAGCGUUAUAUCCUGAUUUUAAUGAAGGUUCAAGUACACCACCAUUGUUGUUAGUACUUGGGUAUUCGACUGGUGUACAGGUAUGGCUAAUAGCAGCAACGGGAGAAGCAACAGAAGUGUUAUCAUGGCGACAAGGAAUAGUGCGUACCUUAAGAAUUUUACCAAAUCCGAAGACUGACUCUGAACAUGCUGAUCCAUAUGAACCGAAACGGCCAUUAGUAGCGAUAUGCGACUCGGCUGGACCGGGACCACAGUUUUGCAAUAUUAGUUUCAUUUCGCUAAAAACUGGCGAACAAACUAAAAACAUAAAGUUUAAAAAUCCUGUCUGUGACAUUCUGGCAAAUAGGAGAUCCAUAGUUGUAACAUUUUUAGAGAAAAUUGCUGUCUUUGAUGCAAGAACAUUUGAGGAUAUUUUAACAGUAACUACUUGUUAUCCUAGUCCUGGACCAAAUCCCAACCCUGUCGCAUUAGGAACCAGAUGGCUAGCUUACAGUGAAAAGAAAUUAUUGCCUGGUAGAAGAAGCAGUGGUGGCUGCGAAGGUGAAGGUGUACAAAGUUACACUGCAACCGUUUUAUAUGCAGCGAAGUCUUUAGGAAAAGGUCUACGUGGGUUAGGAGAAACAGUAGCAUCGAGUUUAACAGGAAACUCAGUGUCACCAUUAGCUGUUAAUAAUAUGGGCAAUGAUGUAACACAGCCAGGUGUAGUCAUGAUUUUAGACCUACAAGCUGCAAAGGAGGAAAAGGAUUUGGAUGAUACAUCUAUAGAGACAGUAAUUGCUCAUUUCACUGCCCAUAGUGAUGCGAUCGUUGCCAUGACUUUUGAUUUAACCGGUGCAUUAUUAAUGACGGCUGACAAACGUGGACAUGAUUUUCAUAUAUUUAGAGUUCAGCCUCAUCCUGGUGGUCCUACACUGGCAGCAGUUCAUCAUCUUUAUAUUUUGCAUCGCGGAGAUACCACAGCUAAAGUACAAGACAUGACAUUCUCAGCUGAUACUCGUUGGGCUGCUGUUUCAACCGUUCGGGGAACUACUCAUGUUUUCCCAGUUGCACCUUAUGGUGGAUCUGUAGGAGUGAGAACUCAUUUGACUCCACAUGUAGUAAAUAGACUUUCACGGUUUCACAGAAGUGCAGGCUUAACGGAUGAUGGUACCAGAUCUCAUUCUCCUGUUUCUCAUACUGAAUUACCUUUAUCAGUCUAUCCUUAUUCCAAUCCGAGACUUCCACCAUAUCCUCAUCCAACAAUUCUGCACCCUUUAGCACAAAUUAGACAGCCAUCCUCAUUGAAUCACGUCAACAGCCAAGCUCAACCACGACCACAGCAAAGACAGCGGCUUCAUUCUGACGAUAGUGGUACUUUACCUUUAAAGAUAUGUGCUUGCUUUGCUCCACCUAGAGCUUGGAUUUAUGCGCAAAGAGACUCUGGUAGCAAGGUUGCAAAAAGAGCAGUAGAUUCUUUGUUUAUUAUGGCAUGUCAUGGAAAUAUGAUACAAUAUGAUCUAGAGCCUAAACCUGCUACUGGAGUACCAAAAGAAAAAGUGUGUGAUGAUACAAUGAUAGAACUAGAAGUUGAAGCUAAAGGCCAAUGGCCUCUUCUAAGGUCUCCAAAUUCUAUGGAAAUUGUACCACCUUUAGCAUUAGCAAGUUCUUUAUUUAGCGUCUCUACUGUACCCAAUAAUGUUCAGCCACUUGAUACAAGUGAAGAUGGUUGGUUAAGUCAGGUGGAAAUUGUAACACAUGCUGGACCACAUAGACGAUUAUGGAUGGGACCGCAAUUUGUUUUCAAAACGUAUAAUGCACCUAGUGGGGUUUCUGUAAACUUGGUAGAAGCAGAGGCAGUAGAGAUUGGUAUUACAGGUGGUUCACGCCCAGCAAGAUCAAAUCCUGUUAAUAUGCCACAUGCAGCUUCUAGACCUUUAGUUCCAGUUGUUAUCGAUGGAUCAGGAAGCAGUUAUGAACAGUCACCAAGAUUUAUGGAAGCUUAUGGAGAUUCAUUAGAUAAUGAACAUAUUGGAGUUGGCAGUGGUGAAAAUCAAUUAAGAGAAGAUUUGGCAGAAGCUAUGCUUGAAACAUCAAUUGCUCCACAUCGUGCACCUGGGAGGCGCUCGGUAUUUGAGAGGGUGGGUCAGCCAGUAACUAAAGUCGUCAACCCUCUUGGCACCGUGAUAACCGUGUCUGCUGACGAAGAGGACGUCAGCUCUAGUCAAGAGUUCGAUUCCGCGGAGGAGAGUCUAGUUCCUGAAGCACCGAGGAGCGUUUGUGCAGAAGAGGGGCCGGCCUCGCUCGGUGAUCUUGAGCCACCGUGUUAUCAAACGUUACGUGAUCUAACAGAGAUCUGUGCUGAGAUGCGUUCCGCAAGCGAACCAGCUAUUGACAGUGUACCAGAUGAGAAUAUUCGAGAUAUUAAAGAAAGAAAGGAGCUUUGCGUCGAAGUGGCAUCGAUGAAGUCAGCGGGGAAUUGUUCUAUCGAUUUCGAGAGAGAGGAUGCUUUUCGAGAUGUUCCAAGUGGCCUGAGUCUUUGCGCUGAACAAGGUGAGAUACCGAGCAGUCCCAUGACAGAAGCCAAAGAAAGUACUGCUCGAUCUAAAAGAAGUAAUAAAUAUGAACACGCUGAGACUCAAGAGAAAAGCAUAGCCAAAGCUAAAUACGUUGUUAAUUAUGACGAGGACAGCGUCGUACUAAUGGAGAACAGGCUGUCUUGUGAAAAAGCUAAUCCUCAAAUGCGAGUCAAGAAUCAACAAACCUUCUCUUCCUCCUCAUCCUCUUCCUUCUCCUUCUAUUCUCCUUCUUCUUCGCGGCAUCAGAGUAAAGAUACUGAAAAAACAACGAAGACCUCGAAACAACCUGUUAAAGAAUUGAGAACACGAAUCGACAAAUACAUUGUAAAGGAACAAGAUGAUAGUGUCGUUAUAGAGGACCCUACUCGGUGUAAUACAGACACAAAAAAUAAUUGUAUCGGUAAAAAACAUUGUGAUUUAUCGAAAGAAGAUAAAUGUAGGUUGAAUGAUGAAUGUGUUUCAAAAACCGAUCAUAAGUUGGAUCAAAAGGUAACUGAGAAUACAAAGUGCAAAUCCAAAUCGAAGGACACGGAUACUAUCAAAGAAUCAGAAGGUUGCUGUGGCAGCACUGAUCGAUCUUUCGUAGAAUUAGAUAAACCUAAUGCUAAUGAUGAUGGUAUUGCAAAUGUCGAAUGCAAGGAAGAAAACGAGACAAUUCCAUCGGACGAUUUUAAUUCUAUGGAGUAUCAUUUGGUAGAUAGCAAUUGUCCCAUCAAAGAUUCUACAGUGUCCGAUCAUUCGGACGAGGAUAUCGAACAUAUUCAACGUUCGGAAUUAAUGCGUGUCCGUGAAUCAUCCGAUCGUGAGAAUUCAGAAAAAUUCAUGGAUUUACCUAGUUAUUCCGAUACCUCGCCAGUUACACAAAGGAAAAAUAGUAAAAGUACCAUAUCCGAUGAUGAUCUGGAAUAUAUACAUACAUCGGAACUUGUAGAGAUACCUGAUAAUAAAUAUAAUUUAGGAACAACGUCCAUCAGUAAUGUGGAAAAAUCUGACGAGGAUUGCUCUAUAUCGUCUAAGGGACAGAGUAAACAUACAUUGUCCUCCGACGAUGAUCUCGAACAUAUUCAGCAUUCCGACGUUUGCGCAUCCCCCUUAGAAACAACAACAACAGCAAUAACAACAACAACAACAACAACAGCAACAACAACAACAACAACAACAACAAUAAUGUGUCCAACAAAGGCGGACGAGCAAAAUCCUAAUAUUAAAUCACAAGAAACCAUUCGUAGUUCCAAAUCGAAAGCUACUAAAAGGCGAAAAGAUAUUUUUGUGAUUGAAGAUAACACGACCGACAAAGUAGAAGUAAGGGUUAUGGUCGAUCCUACGGACAAAUGGAUUGCAUCGAGUAAACAUUUCGAUAAGAAGGCAACAGAAGAAACUCAGCAAAUUGCUAUUGGCGAGAAACGUUUUGGUUCUGUAGCUAAAGUCUCUUCAGAGACUAUUCGUGGUGAGCAUACAGCGAGUAAAUCGAAAGGUACGAAGAAACGAAAGGAUAUCGUUGUUAUAGAAGAAGAUUCGAAGGAGAUCGGUAGAGUGGAAAUUCAGAAGCAUUGUUGGUCAAUAUCAAAAAAAUGUCAAGAAAAGAAUAUCAAUGAUGAAACUCAGAACGUUGAUCUCUCAACUGUAGUAUCAACGUCAAAUCAGAAAAAAAGUACAAUUAGUUUUCCAAACGUGCAACAAGAAAGUAUUCAAUUGGAGCAAACGUGUAAAUCCAAAAUCAAUAAGAAACCGAAGGACAUCACGUGGAUGGAUAUCCAUGGUAAACAAGUUUGUAAGAUGAAAGGAAAUAAAAAGAAGAAGGAUGCCGAGGUGAUCAAUGAAACAUGGAUAACAGAGUCAAAUCUUUUAGAAAAAGAUCCGACGGAAGAUCAGGAGAGAAAAUGUGAAUCGUGUGAUCAAGAGACUACAAGAAACAAAUCCAAAAUUCUCUCUGAGGAACUCGAUAAGUGUUCAGAUCAAGAAACUACAAGUUUUUUAGAAGGACCGGCUAGAAUAGACAAUGAUUUUGAGAUUAUGAAGAUGAAUUAUAUGCAUAAAGUCAAAAUGACUUGGAAUCAGAUGUCGUCCCGUCAUAAAACAGUUAACACGAUCGCGAAAAAGCCAAGGGAUGGUUUAAGAACAACCGACGCAACCGCUUUCGAUGCGAAACCAUUGUAUUAUUGUUCGCGAAAGGUAACAACUGAAAAAUUGCAAGAAGCAGCUGAGGAAUUGAAUGCGAAUGCGGAGAUGGAAAAAAAGAUCGAGGAGUUACUUACUAAUAACCCGAGGGUCUCAAUAUUUAAGAAAAAGAAUCUACCCAUGAUCGAAAGUGAAACUUCUCGUAAAGAAUCAUCUGAUCUCGAGCCAUUGGUAGAGGUCGAGGAGAAAUUGGAUGAGAAAUUGAAAUUACAAAGUACGUCUAAAGUCGACGAAAAUUUGGACGACGAUACGAUUAAAAUAAUUAACGAAGACGAUAAAAUAUCCGAAGAAGUUAAUAAAAUCACGGAAGACGAGGAUAUAAUAAUGGUGGUGGACGAAGAGAAGAUUAAUUAUGAAGAAGAUGAAGAAGAAGAAGAAGAUAUUAAUCCUCCGAUGGAAUCUACCUCAUCCAAAGAGAAUUCACCUGAAUCUGAUUAUCAGCAAGAUAAGAGGAGAAGCGAUUCCGAUCAAGAUAUCAUACCUGAACGACGUUCGAGCUCGCCCGACGAUUUAAAUGCUAAUGGUGGGAGUCAAUCGGUCGCAAGUUAUGAAGAUCUAAGUUCGAGUAGUUUCAGUUCAGCAAGCAGAGCAUCAUUAGAUGCAAGAAGUUCACCGACUCCUUCUUAUGGUGCCGAAAAUAUGAUGGUAUUCCCUGGGGAUAGUAGUGGCUCCAUUUGAGAUUACUUGAGGUGCGCAGCUCUUGUACCAAAGUGGUUGCGCUGCCUCAGAUAAAUCGAACGAUCUAUUGUUCGCCUCUUCAAUUCUUCUUCUUCUUUUUUUUUUUUUUUUUUUUUUUUUUUUUUUAUAAUUAUAGUUUAUCUAACAAAAGUAGCUCAUCGUUAUUAGAUGAGAUCUACGUUAGAACUGAUUUUUGAUUUUGGUUUCUGGAAGGAUCUCUAUCUCUAUCUCUAUCUCUCUCUCUUUCUCUCUCUCUCUCUCUCUCUCUCUCUCUUCUCUAUCUCUUUCUUUCUCUUUCUCUCUCUUUUUCUCUAUAUAUCUAUCUUUUUAUUUCUAUCUCUUCUUAUUUAGAGACUCUUAUGCUGUCUUAUUUACGUUAAACAAACGAAUGUAAUAACGUGAUUAACGAUGGGCGAUCUCUCAUCUUUUUAACGGAAGUAUUGCAUUUUGAAGCGACAAUUUUUAAAAGCUACUUAUUACGAUUAGAAUAGUACAUUUAAUUGCUAUACGGCAUACAUAUAUAUAUUAGGAAAGAUCUUUAUAGAUCGCAAAUUGAUCAAGUUAAGGUGUAUAAGAAAAUAAUUAAUUUCUGUCGUUUCUUUUUUUUUUUUUUUCUUUUUUUUUGGGUGGGGAUAAUCAAACGAUUAGUACGUAACAGAAAAAAAUAAAAUGUUCUUUAGAGAAGUCUAAUUUAAUUUUAUAAUUCAUUAUUAUACUUGAUCAAUUUAUUUGUUAAAGAAGAAAAAAAAAAAAAGAAAAAGAAAAAGAAAAAAAGAAAAAAAAAAGAUCGAAGUAUGCUUUUACGAAACGGUAUAAUUAAAUGCAAGAAGGGAUGAAACGAGAGAGAAAGUUGUUGAUGAAAACGAAGAAAAUAAUAAUUAUAUUGAAACAUCGACGAUCUUAACUCUCAUCUAGUUUUCUAUUUUUAAAACAAGUUCCUUCGUUUCUACAGUAUACGCUUGCAUUCGUCGGAUAUUAUGUGAUCGGAUAUUAAAAAAUGUAUCUUUCGUCAUGACGUUGCGGCUUAAUGGGGAAAAAAAAAAAAUAUAUAUAUAUAUAUAAAUAAAAAAAUAAAAAAAUAAUAAAAAAAAAAAAAAAAUUGAAAAGAAAAAGAAAAUGAGAUGGAUACGAGAGAAAAUUUCUCAACUUGUUUUUCACUAUUAGAAUCUUAUGAUAUUCUGAGAAAGACACAGUGAGAUUAUCACAAUAAUUAAAGUUUAAGAGCCGAAUGUUGCAUUUCUUUCAUUACCAUCAUUUUCUUUCAAGUGCCUCUACUAUGCUUUUAUAUAAAAUUUUAUGUUUCAUAUAUAUGUAUAUAAAAAAAAAAAAUAUAUAUAUAUAUAUAUCGAAAAUAAUCCGUUAUAUAUAUAAAGGAAAAUAAUAUCAACGUAAAGUUGGUUCCUACUCCAUUAUACGUUGAUAUAUAACAAAAUAAUAACACGUUAUCUUUAAGAUAUUGAAGAACAGGAAUGCACAAACGAUAAUUUUUUUUUUCUAGUAACAAAUAGAAUAAAUAAAAUUAUCUGAUGGCUGAAGAAGAUCGUCUCUCGUUUGAUUAUCCAUCUAUCUCAAUUUUUUUAAUCACGAGUUUCACGUUAAAAAAAAAAAAAAAAAAAAAAGAAAAAAAGAGAAAAAGGAAAAAAAGGAAAAAAAAAAAAUAACAGAAAAAAAAAUAUAAGAAAAGAAAAGAAAAACCAUCGAAAUAAUCUACAAUCUCUAUAGAUCACAGUUUGCGUAUUCCUGGUCUGGAGGAAUCUGUAAGCAUGCAGAGGACAUGAAGUGUGUAAGAGCCGUUCAAUGUAAUUGUUUAAUCAUUUUGAUAUAUAUAAUUAAUAUCGCAGCAUUUACUAAUUAUACGAGAAAAAAAAAAAGAAGAGAGAAGAAAGAAAAGAAAUGUCGCGGCUAAUCCCGUAUUAGUUGUUAUAUACACGUGAAUUAGCUUAACGAGUACACGAUGUAACUCGAGUUUUUUUUUUUCUUCAAAUCUCGUUUCACGCAU